UCUGAAGUUAUUUUUUUCUCAUAGGGCUGUAAUCCUAGCUGCUUAACCCUUUUUCAUGUUCACUUAAUGCUGUCUUCCUUGGCAUCAUCAUUUUGAGUAAAAUCGUGUCUACGGAGGUUGGAAUAAUGACUUCUUUAUGAGACCUUUUGAUGUCUCUCGGGAUUCCAGUUCCCUACCAUUUUAAUGGAGUUUGAGCCUCUAUCUUGACCCGAUCCAAAAACAGAAAAAGAAAAGAAGUAUCGUAUGUAAAUCAUGUUACGUAUGGAGCUCAUGGAAGGGCUAACAAGCCAUAGGCGUUAACUUUGAAGGAAAUUCUACGCGUCAUUGUAUCAUUUGCCAACAGCUAAUUAAGGAAUUCCAAUCCCGCCAUUAUAUAUAUCUCGCUCUGGCGGCCUCCUUGCUUAAUUCCCCUAAUGCCUGGAGUCUGGCGUCAUAUAUGUAAGAAUACAAACAGUUUGAUUUGAUCUUUUCUUUUUCUUUUUUCUUUUUUUUUUUCAUUUUUCAUGGGAAGCAGAAGAUCGAAUACUUCGACACGGCCUAUGGGAUGAGGAUUCUAUAGAACAUAUAUAGGGGUUGAGUAUCGUGAAGAAUACACGUAUAAUUUGUAUCAAAUGCGGUUGGCCUUUUCCUCGUCCAAGUGCAAAACAAAGACGAUCGAGCACACGUACAGAAAGAUUUCUUCCACCGACUGUCGUGAAGUUUACUCUCCUCAUGCAGAGACUGAGGCAUAUGAACCUUAUGAUUCUCGAAAUGCUGUAUCGCAAAACUUCAUGCUAGAAAACUGUGUCACAAGUGAUGAUCAUAGUUUUGCAGAUCCUGAGGAUGCCAAGCAGCGGGUUGUUCAAAAUAUGGAGAUGAUUGGGGGUGACAAUGCUGGUGACCAUGAAGAUCAGGAUAAAACUUCAUGUGAUGAUGCUAGAGGCAAAAUUAAGAAAGAAGCUGCUAUACCACCAAACAUACUGCUAGAAAAUGCUACAAUAUUAGUCGGAUAUUCUGAUUUUGCUCCAGCUGAUCAUGUUGAAGUUAAUCAAACAACUGAAUUGAAUGCUGGUAAUGAUGAAAAAGACAAGAUUGAAAAAUGUGAUAUGGCUGGAAAUGAAUGCAAGGAAGUAGCUGAUCUAGAGGCACACAAAAAUCAUCUAUCUGAAUCGGUGGCUGUUGUAGAGAAUGGAACAGAUAAUGAAUCUGCAAGAAACUUGGGAGACAGUACUCAACCAAAACAUUACACAAGGUCCGUUUCUGAGAUUGAGGUUGUUGUGGAAGACAGCACGAAUGAUUCGAUUAGAAACUUGGGACAAAAUGAACACAAUCAUCGUUGUAAUUUUCCUUCCGAGAUUGAGGUUGUUGCAGGGGAGGAUGGAAGGGAAGAAUUUAUAGGAAACUUAGGAGAAACUGAACUAAUACAUUACGAGGCCGAGAAAGAACCGAUACAUUAUAAAAAUACUACGUGCGAAAUUGGGGUUGUUGUGGUGGAUCAUGGAAUGAAUGGAUCUCCGAGGAAAUUGAGACAAAUUGAGUCAAACCAGUACCAAAGUUCUGCUGCUGAAAUUGAAGUUGCUGUGGAGGAUGGAACAGAUAAUUCUGAGAGGAUCCAGCCUGCAAAGAUCGGAUCAAAACCUUUGGAAAACGUAGUAGGAACUAAUUCUACCAAAAACCUUCCCCAGAACAAAAAUUUUCAGGAAGGAAUAAAGGAAGUUGAUUUCGACAACUGUGAGAUACAGGAAGAGUGCUCAUGUGCUGAUGAAAGCGGUGUGGUGGCUCAAUUAAGCCGUAGUGGUGAUGUUGAGUUAUCACAAAAUCUCUCUCCAAAACCGACUUUGGAAGAGCUUUUGAGAUUUGCAGCGGAAGAGGAAUCUUCAGCUCAAAAUACUGCAGUGGUCAUGAAUACGAGAGACUUCGAUUCAUGGGAUCUUUGGGGCAAUAGUUACAAGUCUUCAGGAUAUGAAGGUCUCUACUCCCAAAAAAAAGGCACAGCAGUUGAGCAAUAUCAUGGGGACAUGUUGGAUGAUUAUGAGCGUAGAACUUGUACACCGUUAUUUCAAGUCAAAGACAGGAGCAACAACAUAGUUAACAAGCCACAAUGGAGAAAGGCUAUUGAUGGUAUUUUGGGCAAGUUUAGAAGCUUGCGUAAGAGGCAACCAAAUCCUUUGGGAGGAAUUCUGGAUGAGGUUGAUCUCAAAAGCUUACUGAAAGCUGCAAACUCAAAGAGGUGUAAGAGAGAGAACAUCAGCUCAAUCAUCAUGCGGAAAACAUUCUGGGGACGAUUAGCAUGUUGCUCUUCUGCCAGUACCGGAUCAGCAAUUAGAAGCCAUAAAAGAAAAAAGCCAAAGGAAUGGCAAUUACAGUUGCAAAGAUAUGUUUCAGAAUACUCCCCUGCUUGGUAAUAAUUAACACAAGAGACUUGGGCCCUUUUCUUUUAUUCUUUUCUCUUCGGUUUAAUUACUAAUGUUAAGACAAUUGCAUCUGCUACCUCAGAAGGAAGACGUGCACCUGAGAAGAAUUCCAGCAACGCCUAGAAGGCUUUAGAAAGGGAAUAUUCUGAAUGACGUGUACCAAUCAUUUGUUUUUGGUUGUUAUGAAAAAGUCUAUAAAUAUAGACUCUGAUUGUACUAAGGAUACAUGGGAAAUGGAAAGAAUUCUAAAGCCAGAGGGAUUUCUUCAUUUUGUCGAGUGCUUGUUGUGCUUUACUUUCUCUGUUUUAUUAUGGCAUCCACAGCUUGGCAAAGGCUCACGCCUGCAACUCAUCUUCCUCCUUUUUUUUCCUUCUUCUUCUUAUCUUAUGUUCUCAUGGAGUCUACCGACCCUCCUUCUGUCAACACAGAACCUCCUCCUGUCAACACACAGUCCAUUACACCAUCACCUCCUCACCACCCCUCCAUUGUCACUGCGGCCCCUCAUUCCGUCACUAUCAAGCUUUCCUUAGAUAAUUUCUUGCUAUGGAAAGCCCAGAUAGUACCUUUUCUCAAGGGACAUCAGCUCAUUGGCUAUGUCGACGGAUCUAUUCCCUCUCCCGCUCCCACUCUAAAUAACGCUCCCAACCCCGAAUAUCAGCGCU